AUGGAAGGAAGAGGUUUCUACUUCUGCUACUUCCUAAUCCCAAAGGCUAACGGAGGCCUCAGGCCCAUCCUGGACCUGCGUGGCCUCAACAAGUCUUGCAAGAAGUCGAAGUUCCCCCCCCAGGUGUUCAUGAAAUGUGCGGUGCCGGUAGCAACUUCCUUGAGAUGUCAGGGGGUCCAGAUCUUCCUCUAUCUCGACAACUGGCUCAUCAAGGGCAGGUCUCUGGGAAAAGUUCACGUUCACGCCAGUCCAACACAUAUUGUUUAUCGGAACAGUUCUCGACUCCACCCAAGAGGCCAGUGGAGAAAUAAAAUGGAGUUUAUGCUCUCCAUGGCUGGGGAGAUCAUCGGCCUGGGCAAUGUCUGGAGAUUCCCUUAUCUCUGUUAUAAAAAUGGAGGUGGUGCCUUCUUUAUCCCCUACCUCAUCUUCCUCUUCACCUGUGGGAUCCCAGUGUUCUUCCUGGAGACAGCGCUAGGACAGUACACGAGCCAGGGAGGGGUCACCGCCUGGAGGAAGAUCUGCCCUCUCUUUGAAGGAAUUGGAUACGCCUCACAAGUCAUCGAAUCCUAUCUGAAUAUCUACUACAUCGUCAUCCUAUCUUGGGCUAUCUUCUACCUGUUCAGCUCCUUUACUGCUGUGCUUCCCUGGGCCACCUGUAAUAAUCCUUGGAACUCAGAUCGCUGCGUGGACUUUCUGAAUCACUCUAAUGUGGAGAACUGGACAGCGCCUGCUAAUGCCACCUCCCCAGUUACUGAGUUCUGGGAGAAGCGAGCCCUGGGGCUCACAGACGGUAUUCACAAUCUGGGCACUGUGCGCUGGGAGCUGGCUCUCUGCCUCCUGCUCGCCUGGGUCAUCUGCUACUUCUGUAUCUGGAAAGGAGUCAAGUCCACAGGUCCGGGCCUAGCAUUCAUUGCAUAUCCAAAGGCUGUAACGAUGAUGCCUGUGUCUCCGCUCUGGUCCUGCCUAUUCUUCCUUAUGCUGAUCUUCCUGGGACUGGACAGCCAGUUCAUCUGUGUUGAGAGCCUGGUGACGGCCAUUAUUGACAUGUACCCAGAAGUUCUCCAGAAGAAAGGGCACCGGGAGUUGCUGACCCUGGCCAUUGCAGUCAUAUGCUACCUGCUUGGCCUGAUGCUAGUCACCGAGGGUGGAAUGUACAUCUUCCAGCUGUUUGAUUAUUAUGCUGCCAGUGGUACGUGCCUACUGUUCCUGACCAUUUUUGAAGUCAUCUGUGUUGGCUGGGUGUAUGGUGCAGACCGUUUCUAUGACAACAUCGAGGACAUGAUUGGUUAUCGGCCAUGGCCGCUGAUUAAGAUGUGCUGGCAGGUUGUCACCCCUGGUGUUUGCCUGGUAGGUACAAACUAUGGUGAGGCAAGUUUGUACAGGGAUCCUAGAAUCUGAGUGAAGAAGAGAAUUUGAGGGGGCACUAUUGUUUCAUAGAAUUGCUGUGGAGGAGCAGUAGCUUCUCCGUAGUUGAAGCUGGAAUCAAUUUCCAUUGUAAAGCCUUGUCUAAGGUCUGGAAAUUUCAUUUAGCCUGAAAAUUGGCGUAUUUAUUCUGCAGGCAAAGGAGAAUGUAUCUGCAAAGCCUGAAGGGAAUUGAUCAAAUCAUUUUUGAAUUUCAGCCCAUUAAAGAAUUACCUUGUUCUGAAAUGUUCUCUUCUGUCUACAUUUCUAUGACUCCCGCUAGUUCAAAAACAUCUUGUUCCUGCCCCUUGCUUUCCAUAAAGUCAAAUCACCUUGAAAAUGCACCCACUGACUAUGUUUGAAGAAAACAGUUUAUAAUUAAGGGAAGAUAUUAACUAUUUUUGUCUCGUGCCCAGUUCUGUUUCCAUUGAUUUCAGCAGGUGGUAUGGGCCUAAUCCUGCUCCCAUGAACGUCAUGACAUUUGUUUGCCAUUGACCUCAAUUGGAUCAGGAUCAGGCACUAUGGCCAAAAUCUUCUACAGCUUGGAUAGGCACAA